AUGGAUGUUGUGGCACCUCGUGCGUCGGGCAAGGGCGCGGAGGAGGCGGAAAAAAGGGCAGCGGCGUUGGCGCGGCAGCUGCGGGUGUUGCUAGACGAGCGCGAGGACCACCUGGACGCGCUGGAGGGAAUGCAGCGGGCGGUUCAGACCUCCCAGGUGGAGGCUGAGCGGCUGAGGGAGGAGCUUCGAGUAAAAUUUGCGCAGGUGGAGGAGGUACGACGGAGGGCCAGCAAAGAAGCUCUGUGGCUGGUGAAGAGCGAGUGGCGAGACAAACUUGUCGAGCUGGCAAGAAGCAACACGGAACUUCUUCAUGAGGUGCGGCUUCGAGACAGCCGCAUUGUGGAACUACAGCAGCAGAUGUGCGAAUUCAACAAGUUGGAAGAAAAAGAUGCCUCGUUGCCUGAAAGAGUCACUGUACUGACGGCGGAACUGUUGCGUGGAGAAAAGAUCAUGAGUGAAAAAGAUGCCGUACUUUACGCCUACGAGGCUCGAUUGGAGCGGGCCGAACGGGCGACCCUCAGUGCACUGGAGUCACAGUGCAAGCUGGAGGCUCGGUGUCGUGAGCUUUUGCAAGAGCAGGCUGAGCACCUGCGGGCAUUCGCGGCGUUGUCUGCGCGAAAUGAGCAUCUCGAGACACCUCUAGCGGAGGAAAAGUGUGGUCCAGGUGUUGGCGACGGGGUGACGCGCACAUCGGCGCUGCACACUGACAUGUGCGAGGAAGCAACGGGGACGGAUGCCGACCAAUCGGGGAAGAGGGAGUCUCUGGUGAAACUUCUCCUGCGCCGCCUUGCCGCCAAUGAGGCCGAGAUGCAGUUGAGAGUCCGACUGCUAAUGUGGAUGUCAUUCGUUCUUCAGAAAAGGAGUGCGGGGCCGCGGAAGGGGGGCAGGACAGGGCCCUGCACCUCUCAGGCCCCCAGCCCCUCUUUCAGGGACGCCCCGGAAACCAACGAUGGGAGCAAUUGCUUGGAGGAGGAAGUGGCAAGGCUGCGCAGGGAGGCGAAACUCCACGAAGAGACGCGGGAACAGCUGCAGUUUGCCCGAAACGAACUGGAAAAGCAAAAGCGAGAGCAUGAAUGGAAGGAAAAGGCAAACAAGGAGAGAGAAGACGAGCUCUCGAAGGUGAUCGAAACCCUUUUGCAGCAGUUGACACGGGAGCCGGCGGAAAUAAUUUGUGCGAAAAGUGAGCUAUCGGCACGCUCGAAUCCGCCCAGUUGCACGAGUGAUGAAGCCCCGUUAUCAGAAGCCAAGGCGAGUUUGAGUUUCGCGACUCUCCAAAGUGUGCCCAAUGCUUCUUCGACGCAAAACGAACUGAUACCAUGUUGCAUGAGCACAGCUGAAAAAGAGGAGAAGGAACAUGCAGGAGAGGCCCUCUCCAGCGCGGUUGAGAGCCUCCCUUCGCUGCAAGACGGAUCAGAGGUUAAUGCUGUUAUCGCUACGCUGCUUUCUUUACACCAAGAAGGGCUUGAGGAGUGGCGUGGCCGAGCUUUAUUGGCAGAGCAGCGAAUGGAGAAAUGGGGGGCAACCGUUUCCACUCUAUCACUUCUGCUGCAAAGAAGCAUACUUCCCUACUUGCUCAUGCUGGAUGAGAUGUACACCACUGCUGUGAGUGAUAAAAUGAACAUGCUUGUCGAGGAAUACUUCUGCCGAAUAGAAGAGAAUUCCGCUAGCAUGUGUGAGAAAAGUGAAUUUACUACUAAGUAUAGUAAAGAGUUUAUUAUACUGAAGUACUGGAGUAACUGGCGGCUUUCUAUGGGGGCUUCCCGAUUGGCUAGUUUGAGGGAAAAGGCAGCACGGACGGUGUCGUGUAUGGCUGAGCAAUAUGAGCAGCUGGAGACUAUCACUCAACGUGCAAUGACGCGAAUAAGAGCUCUCGAGGGAGCUUCGGUCGACAGUUGUGCUGCUGUUGCGGGCAUUUAG